GACCCAAAAUACUUAUUGGACAUGCACUUUUUAUCGCGCUAUGUUUUUUCUGGCUUGUUCCUAUAACUUUUAUAUCCACAUUUGCUCAAGUCAAAAACAUUGAAUAUAUUUUUCCAUUUACGAGGGGUUUAAGUAACAAUGGGUUUAUCUCUGGCCUCUUACAAGCCUGGAUGACACCACUUCUAUUGGCUAUAUUUUUCCUUAUAUUGCCAACAAUUCUUCGUCAGCUUGCUAAACAACAGGGAAAAAUAGCUAAAUCCUCACUUGACCGGUCUACGCUUGGGAAAUUGUAUUUGUUCUUCAUAAUAAAUAGUAUCAUUAUUUAUACUAGCGCAUCAACAAUCAUUGAUACAUGGACAAAAAUUAGGAUAAAGAUUGAUGAAGGUGAUACAAAUUUACGUGAUUUUUAUUUAGUCCUUAAACAAUCUAAAUUCCUUGACGAACUUGCGGAUUCGAUGAUCAAAGUUUCUACUUUUUGGAUCAAUUAUAUUUCUUUGCGUGGUGUUGCUGCAGUAUUUGACUUGGCUCAAGUUGCUUCUUUGGUGAUGAAGUACGUUUUUACAACAAAAGUUGAAACAGCAGGUUCAUUUUGGCGAUUAGUUUUUAAUCGCAUUGUUUUUUCAACGAUAUUUUGGCAACUUGCGAUGGUUGGAGUGAUGAAUUUGAAAGGAGCUGGUAUUCAGUCUAUUGUAGUCCUACCACUUCCAUUUCUCACAAUAUUAUUUAAGAUUAUUUGUAACCGUCGAUUUGAUCAAAAAAUUCGAUAUUAUACCCCUACUGAAACAUAUUUGGAAAAUGUAAUGAAUGAAAAGAAAGAUUUAGAUCAUUUGUAUGAAAAAGUUUCUACAAGAUUUGACCAUCCAUCAUUAACAGCUGAAAUAAUUACGCCGAUGGUUCAUUCAAAUGCUAAAGACGCAUUAAGUAAGGUUUAUCAUGGACGUAUGAGUGAAACAAAAGUGAGCCGACGAGGAACUAUAAAGUCUAUGUCGAUGUUUUUCGAAGGAAACAAUGCAUUAAAAAUUCAGACUGUAGAAGAAAAUGAAUUAGAAGUUGAUGACGACGCAUAUCUUGAGGAGCAAAAUCCUGGAUAUUACACAAAUCAAGAUGAAUCACAAUCUUAUUCAUUACCUCAGAAUCAACAAAUGUCAACUUCUUAG